GACGGUCUUUCAUUGUUCUACUUACUACUACUAGUACCCACCCACUCGAGCUCGGUGGUGGCUUCUCACGAGCUCGUCAUUAACCCCCCAUGGUAGAAACUAGGAGAAGGGGAAAGAGCAAGGACGAUGGGGACUCCAAUACUGAACUCGAGUAUCCACCCUCUUUUGUUGUCCCCAUUCCGGAAGACUUUGACCUGGACGCUCUUUCGAACAUACUUCCAGACGAUAUUGAUCUACAUUCGCCUUCACCUGACGCUAUAGUUGGUCUCUACAAGCUCCUCCUCGAACAGUCCUCUUCACUUGACGACAUUCAAAGAAAUUUGGACGAAGAACGUGCUGAAACGGAGAAGAAGGAGGUCGAAUUAGACCAAGCUUUGCAAGAUCGCGAAAGGCAAACCAAAGACUCGGAGUCACAAUUAGAGUGUGUCCAGGAUGAGUUGAGGCAAGUGAAACGAGAACGAGACGAACUUCUCUCUUCGCGGAACGAGUUGCAAGCAAAAGUGGCGGCUCUAUCAAGUUCUCAGACGUCUUCCUCUUCGGAACUCCACGAUUUCAAAAACAGACUCAAUGAUUCUGAUCGUGAAAAACGAGAGUUACUGGGAAUCAUCAGCCGUCUGAAACAGGAAGAGAGCCAACGUGAUGACGAAAUCAACACCCUUCGCACCAAUCUGAGAAAUGCGCGUCAAGAACAUCAAACGCUCGAGGGCCAGAUGCGCGAGAUUCGCGCUACCGAGACAUCGACUAAGUUCAAGCUUGAUACUCUUAGCCAACAGCUGGAGCUGGCGAAAUCCGAGUUCGAACGUGUCAACGGGGAGCUUGUUUCCAAGUCGGAAGAAUUUGCUCAAUACCGCCGCACGAAACAAGCAGAGCUGGUGACACUGCAAGCAAAUCUCGACGCUGUUACUCAAGCCAAUAACUCGGCGCAAGCCACAUUGAAAGCUCUUCAGUCCUCACAUGCCAACCAAACCCAUCAAUUGACUCAAGCACUCGCCAAGGUGCAGGACCUUACUGGCCAACUUGCUGAACAAGAAGCAACGUACUCCAGUGAGGCCAACUCGUUGAGAAGACUGGUUACAAUGCUCGAAGAGAGAGAGAAGCAGGCGCGAGAAAUUGUAGAAAGUAUUGAACAAGAAUGGGCUGGCUUAGGAGAGAAGGCACACUCGAGGGAAGCCGCGUUACAGGCAGAUCUUGACAGAGAACAGAAGGCCAGGGAAAGUGCCGAAACCAAGGUCGAAAAACUGGAGAAAGUCCUGGAGAAGAUGGGUCGCGGUGAAUUGCCUUUACCAGGGCGCGCCGAAACGUCGUCAGGCGCCACGGAUGAGACGGGCGUGAUGAUGGGCUUGAGUCCCACCGUUGCAAUGGCCAGUCGAGUCCAAAAGAGUGGUAAGGGAUUCACCGAGGUCUACGCAGACUAUGUGCGACUUCAGGAUGACUACGCCACGAAAUGUGCUGAGUAUGACCAUAUGGACCGUACUCUGAGCGAGGUUCUUGCGCAAAUCCAAGAGAGAGCUCCUAUUCUUUCCCAACAGCGUAUCGAAUACGAGCGAGUGAAAUCGGAAAGUUCGCAGCUCGCAACUGAGCUAUCCCGAGCCAUAUCGGAUCGCGACUCUCAGGCUCAGCUUGCACAGGAAAAUGCUCAAAAAAUAGCCAAGUCGGUGAAGGAGAACCAACUUCUCAAUCAGCAAUUGGAGGAUCUCGGUCGUCAAGUUCGCACCCUCCUAAGAGAAAUCGCUCGUCGCGAUGACCCUAACAUGCCGCCCGAUGAUGAACUGGAGGCAAUGCUGCCUCCGGCCGAAGAUGUCGACACCGUCAUCACCAAUCACCUCGUCCUUUUCCGUUCAAUAGAUAGUCUUCAGGACCAGAACCAAAAACUUCUCAAGAUUAUUCGGGAGGUUGGUCAAAAGAUGGAGAAUGAGGAGAGUGAUUAUCGGCAAGUGAUGGAAAGGGAGCAGGCAGAAGCUGUUAGAGAGGCACAUGAGGCGAUACAAGAGUUUGCGAUUAAAAUGGAGACACAGAAGAAGAGUGAUGCAGCGGUCGUUCAAGCCUAUAUGAAAGAAAACGAAGCUCUCAAGGCUAUUAUCAAGAGGAAAGAAGCUGGAAUGCCCGCCACUGCUUCCUCAGAUGGUCCCUCUGGUGCAACUUCGGAGCUUGCACAGGAGCUAGCCGAGAUCCAAAACCAAUUCCAUGCUUAUCGCACGGAAAUGGGUGUUGAUGUUGGCCGAUUGCGGGAAGACGCAGUGGCUGCCCAACGAGAAUCGGCUCAACUCCAAGCUGCUCUUGCGAAGGCAAAUGCUAAGAUUGAGUAUCUGUCUGAUCGCAACCGAAUGAAUCAAGAAGCUUUCUCGUUACACCGGCAAGAGGUUGAGGAUCUGAAUAAACGGAAUGCCCAACUGUACGAUCAGUGGACUCGUGUUGAUGUUGAGUGUGGGCGUGUCACAGAAGAUUUUCGGACCACAUCUGCGCGACUUGAACAAAUGAGAAACGAGACUUCGAACCUGCGAGCCGAAAAGAAGAUUUGGGAGAGUGUCCAAACUCGACUCACCGAAGAAAACAAGACACUCUCCAUGGAACGGUCUCACCUCUCGGAUUUGAUGAGCAAUGUUCAAAAGAUGCAUAGUGACUUGGAGCGCUCGGGAGAAAACGAUCGUCGGCGGUUGGAAAGUCAAGUGCAACUUCUUGAAGGUCAAACGCAAGACUUAAGAACGCAGCUAAACCAGGAAAGAGACAUUGUCCGCCAGGUUACUCUUCAGAAGGAUAUCGAACUGAAGGAGAUGCAGAGCCGUCUAGACAAGAUGACGCAAGAACUUUCAAGUACACGGGAAUCCCUUGCUAGAGUGGAAACCAACAAAGCGCAUUUAGAUGAACGCAUUGGUGAAAUCACGAAGGAGCUUCAUGGCAAAACAGAGAAGCUUGCCGUCUACGAGCGCCCGUCUGGUGCCAUCCCCAAUAUGACAGUAAUUGAUCAGAAUAUGUCCAGGGAACAACAGUUGGAAGCUGAAGUUGCUGAACUCCGAUCAAGACUAAAAGUGACCGAGAUGGAUUUGUCAACGGCGCGGGGCCAUGUUGAUCAAUUUAAAGAGAUUAGCCAAGCCAACGAGACCGCAUUGGAAGGUCUCAACGCCACGUUCGACGAAUACAAGACAUCGACGGAGGCACAGAUCGCAAAACAUGAGUCCGAGUAUAAAGCUUCGGAGCAAAGGCUCAAAGACGCUCAAGAGGAGUUGUCCCAGCUCAAUGGAAAACAUGGCGAACUACAGAAACAACUGGAAUCCGAGCGUGCCACCUGGGUUAACGACAAGAAGACUCUUGAAGAUACUAUCGUUGACCUUAGCACCUCUGAAAAGAUGACUGAGAACGAUCGCAUAUCGCGAGAAAACGAAGUCAAGAUGCAAGAAGAGCGAACAAAAGCUGCGGAGGAAAAAUACUCUAACGAAGUCAUCGCUCAUGCCGAGUCCAUCAAGGCGCUUGAUCAGCUCAGGAAACAAUUCAGUAACAUACAGGCCACCGUGCGAGAACACCAGACCGCUGCCGAAACUGCCACGGCGAAACUUGUAGCAUCUGAGGCCAGUUGGCAGUCUCAAAGACAAGCACUCGAUCAAGAGAUAGCAGGACUGAAUACGCGUCACCGCGAAAUAACAGAACAGAACAAGAUCCUCCAUCAACACCUUGAAUCUGUUAGUUCUCAAGCUGCUCGUAUUCGACAAGCCGCAGAUACAGAGUUCACAACGGAUGGAGAGAACCAGUCUGCUGAUUCCGAUGCUAAACUUUCGGAGUUACGUUCAGUCGUUGGGUACUUGCGUAAACAAAAGGAAAUUGUCGACCUCCAACUCGAACUUAGCAAGCAAGAGAAUACCCGUCUCAAGGCGCAGGUAGAUCAUCUAACACAGGCGUUGAACGAGGCCAGACAGACUCUCUCUGAGGAACGGGAGCGUGCGGUCGAAGCCGCGGCAUCAGCUGUUCAACACAAUGAACUCGUUGAACGAAUCAAUCAACUCAAUAUCUUGAGAGAAAGCAAUGCCAUGCUGCGUGCCGAUUGCGAGGCUCAGACCAAACAUGCCAAAGAACUAGAGUCCAAACUCGAACUCAUAUCACGUAAACUCGGACCACUCGAGGAGGCCAACAAGGUCGCAAAGGCAGAGCUAGAGGCACGGGAUGCUCGGGUUAAACGUUUAGAAGAGGAAAAUCGCCGAUGGCAGGAACGUAACCAACAGCUGCUCAGCAAGUAUGACCGGACCGAUCCGGCCGAGCUACAAGCCCUUAAGGACGAGAUUCAGUUACUACAAACACAAAAAUCUGGCUUAGAAUCAAGUCUUCAACAGCGGCAGCAAGAUUUUGAUACUCAGAAGCAGAGGAUGGAGUUGCUUGAGAAGAAUCUCCAGUCUUUUAAAGAGAAAUACAGCCAGAACAUGAACAGUUUCAAGGAACGAGUGGGCGACCUGAAUAAUCAGAAGUCAGCAUUAUCAAACCAGAACAAAGAGCUGGAAUCCAAGGUCGCCACACUCCAAAAGGAAGUUGAAAUCCUGCAAGGUGCUGCCCAGCAGGCUCAACAAAUGCCGCCGCUUGGAAGUGAAGCCGAUCAGGCUGUCUUGAAUUCUUUACGAGAAGAGCGUGAUCGCCUUCUAGCCGAAAAAGCGUCGUGGACCAAUACUGCUCUCUCUUCUGCCGGAGGUACUGAAGAGGCUCGACAAACCUGGGAGAACGAAAAGGCUGAGAUUCUCAAGAGCAGAGAUGAGGCUCAAGCCGCCUUGAAGGACGCAACCGAGAAAGUUGAAAAGGCGAACGCAGUUGUUCGACAGCAUAAAGCUGCCUUCGAUCGAGCCAGGACGGUUUGGGCGAAUGAGAAGGACAAGAUCCUUGGUGCCCAAGAGGAAGCGAUACGGACCGCCGUUGACAAGUCAAGGGCGGGUAUUCAAUCACAACCAUCAGGAUCUUCUGCUGGAUCGGUGGACCUCGUGAAGAAACAUCAGGCUGAACUGGAAGUGCUCGAGAAACAGCUUGCUGCUAAGUAUCAAGAGGAUCUAAAAGCAGCACUUUCCGCCUCGCAGAAACAGUCUUCUUCCGCCUCAGAAGCUGCACCUGAUAUUCAGGCUGCUAUCGAUGCCGCCAUUAAGGAACACGACAAAUCUCGUGAGAAGGACAUUGAAGCUGCCGUUGAACGGGGAAGGAUGGAAAUCAAUUCCAAACUGCGGGUCAAGGAGGGCCAACUUAAUCGAUCGCAGCUGAGGCUGCGAGCCUUCGAGGCACAGGUUGAGCAAUGGAAGAAAGAUGGUACUAUUCCAAAUGAUACUGUGAUUCAGCCUCCCGCUGCUACUGCCGUCCCUAAUAUUGCAUCCGCAAAACCCGCCGGACCUCCGCCCGCUUCUUCGUCUGUUGCAGUAAAGCCUGCAAACAGUGCGGGGCCGUCUCAACGACCACUGCCAGCGAGAUCUGCACCUGCCUCCACACCUUCUCUCCCGCAGAAACCAGGCGAAGCCUCCACUAGAACUGCAACUACCGUACAAACCGUGCAAGCGACAACACAACCCGCGCUUGCCGCCGCGGGCACUUCCUCAGGAGUCGGUCGAGGGAGAGGCGCACCGAUGCCCCGCGCUGCUGCUCCGGGUGUCGCUGCAAGAACCAUUGGUACACGAGGCGGGACUCCUGCAAAACGAGGAGCAGCACCUCCAGUUGCUCCAACUGGUGGUGGUGUCUCGAUCCAUGGGGCGGCGAAACGACCCGCGCCAGAUUCUCCAGCAGACGACUCUUUGGCCAAGCGUAUCAAGCCAGCACCAGCUGCAGGUGGUCCGGUUCAAUUGAAAAGGCCACCUCCUCCAGGACCGGCACCAUGAGGAAUCUAAUUAUUUCUGUUUCUGUUCUAGUUUCCCUAUAUCUGUCACUUGUAUCACUACAUCACAUUGUUUGUAAUCGUAAAUUCAUCUCGGGAUAAUACCAGACUCUCCGAAGGGGAGGAGAAUGGCAACGCACCGG